AUGGUCCAAAGCCUUCACAAUCCGGCAAUGGCAACCAACUUUGACACCAUUGAACUGGAGAAGGAGAAUAUUCUGCCUUUAAAGGAUGGAAGAUCGGCCCGACGGUUAAAUGAUGUUCUGCAGCAGGAUUCAUUUGAGCUACAUAGCACAAGAGUGGGAUAUGAAAGAAGGCUGCUUGAGGAGCUUGAAGAUCUUGAUGAUCCGCUUGAGCUCUUUUUGGAUUACAUUGCAUGGAUCAAUGAUAUAUUCCCGCAGGGCGGUACUACCAAGAAAAGUGGCUUACUGGAUGUUAUAGAGCGUUGCUUGAUGUAUUUUAGAGACAUAGAAACUUAUAAGAAUGAUCCCAGGCUUCUAAAGCUUUGGCUGUGGUAUAUUGAACUUUUCUGUCCGGCGUCCAAUCAAGAAAGUAAAGAUAUAUUCAUAUACAUGCUCCGAAAAAGAAUUGGAACCAAGUUAGCUUUAUUUUAUGAGGAAUUUUCUAGUCUGCUGUUUGAAAUGGAAAAGUACCAAGAAGCGUAUCACAUAAUCCAAGUUGGUAUUGAUGAAAAUGCGCGACCUCCAAAUCGAUUAUUACGAAGACUUAAUGAACUUGAGGGAAAACUUCGAGAGAUGCAUCUUGAUAUUGAUGAAAAUCCCAUAGAAGAAACAAAUUUUUUGGAAGCGCAAUUGCCAGCUUUGGUUCUUGGAAGGGAGCGAGCGUCUGUUAUAUUGAAUCCGGGAGAGAAAACAGAUCCAUCCACCAGCAGAUCCCCACCCGGCAUAUCAAAUGAACAAUAUCAAAAGUACGAAAUAUUCAGUGAUAGUGUGCCUGAAGUUCAAGAGAGCACUGAGCUACAGAAAGAAGGAUGGGAUCUUCUCGAGUCGCGAUCUAAUAGAAACAAAGAAAACCGAAUGACCACCUCAAAAAUCGCAGCCAAUACAAAUAUAGGGAAAUUACAACAAGCAUUCAACUCCUCAGGAAGUUUAGGAAAUUCCAAUAUAGGUAAAUUACCUAUUUUCAAAGACAGUUUAGGGAGAAGUGAUCCUGUAUACAAAUUUUUAGAGGUACAAGGUAAGAAACCAGAGAAAAUCGAUUGCAAUUUCAACUUGAUAUACCCUAAUGAUGAUGAAGAAUAUUGCAUUGAGGAAAUUUUGGCUCUUUCAAGAAAUAUAUACCAUAAAAAACACGACAACCUAGCAUUAGGUGAUGUUGAUUACAAAAGUCAGGGACCUCAUAGCGACGAACACCAAAACAAAAGAAAAAAAAUUCCCCUUGCGGAAAAGACUUCUGAUUACUUCUCACCUCGAUCAGAACCACAAAUAGAUCAGCAAAAAAAUGAAUAUCAAAAAAAUAAUGGGGCGACGAAAACGUCAAUACUACCACUGAAUGACGUGACAGACGUUGUAGAUAGCGAAUCCAUAAAGAACCGUGAGGAGAACUUCCGUGUACCAAAUUCGCCGACUGUUACAUACUUCUCCAAAGAUGCCAUGAAAGAAGUCUAUUCUAUGUUCAAUCAAAAUUACAGGGAAACAAAUACUACCACUGAGAUUGAGGAUACGAAGAAUAAAUUUGCUCUCUUCGAUAAUUUUACGCAAGAAUUUACCAGGCCGAACAUGGAUGAUCUAACAGAGGUAAGACCCAAGGAGAUUGAUGGAAAAGACACAAUCGAAAAUCUAAGCUCUCCGAUUGCGGAUCAUUUCAGUGAUUCUGAUCAAAGAAGAACCUAUUCUAACAAGGACACCCUGUUGUGUACCGAAAGAGCAAAUAUUCAGGGAGCUCUAGGAGCCAUCAAGGAGAGAACUGAAUAUCUGACGGUACAGACUGAUCGAACUAAUAAAGGGGACUCCAUUUCUCGCAGUGAUAAUGAUACGGCGCCCAGCUCGCCGUUCCUUACGCAACCACAAACACAAGAGAACGAUAAACUAAGCCGGCCCUCCAUUCUGGUAGAGCAUCCUUUGGAUGAAGAAAUGAGAACACAGCUUCUAGAGAAUAUCGUUCCGCCACUAGACAAGUAUGACACUUUUUAUCGAUAUAACCAAUGUUUGAAAAUGGGCUCACUUUUGCAAAGAAUUCAUAGAAUAUCCAAAUCGAAAAAUAAAAACCCAAUAGUGGACUUUAAAAAGACCGGUGAUUUAUAUUGUAUCCGAGCAGAGCUUGGAAAAGGUGGUUAUGCUACUGUGUAUCUAGCAGAGUCGAGUACAGGUAACCUGCGGGCCCUAAAGGUCGAGAAGCCUGCCAGUAUAUGGGAAUAUUACAUAUUGAAACAAGUCGAGGGUCGUUUAAGGGGCCAACAUGUGCUGCAAUCGAUUAUCAAUACCAGCUCUUUGCAUUGUUUUCAGGAUGAGAGCUACUUGGUUCUAAAUUAUGCCAAUCAAGGCACAAUUCUUGAUCUUAUCAAUCUACAAAAAGAAAAGUCAAAUGGUCCUAUGGAUGAACUUUUGUGUAUGUUUAUAACAGUUGAGCUGAUGAAAGUGGUAGAAGCUAUACAUGAAAUUGGCAUUAUUCAUGGUGAUCUUAAACCAGACAACUGUAUGAUUAGGUUUGAAAGCGGCAAUUUGGGUCGAUUCAGUAGUGAUGGCUCUUAUGGAUGGUCCAAGAAAGGAAUUUAUCUUAUAGAUUUUGGUAGAUCUUUUGAUAUGACUCUAUUGCGUCCCGGCACAAAGUUUAAAGCUGAUUGGAAAACAGAUCAGCAAGAUUGCUACGAAAUGAGACAUGGACUACCAUGGAGCUUUGAGGCAGACUAUUACGGGCUAGCUGGUAUUGUUCAUUCGAUGCUGUUCGGGCAAUUCAUUGAAACUGUUCAAGGAGUCAAUGAAAGGCUUAAACUUAAAACACCUUUUAGAAGAUAUUGGAGGCAAGAAAUUUGGAACUCAGUUUUUGAUACCUUACUGAAUAGUGGGUCAUUCAGUACUUUGCCCAUUACUGCAAGACUUGCUGAAGAAAGAUCUAAAAUCGAGGAAUACUUGAAUAGCAAUACUUACGAUAAAUUGAAAGAUAUAAUUCUGGAUUGGGAAACAGAGCUGAUAAGAUUUAGAAAAUAA